AUGGCUGAGCAUCACCAUACCAUUUCAGGUCUGGUUGGGAAACUAGUAACUGAACUGGAGGUUAACUGCAACGCGGAUGAAUAUUACAAGAUUUUCAAGCACCACGAAGACCUUCCAAACGCAAUACCUCAUAUUUAUAGAGGCGUCAAAGCUGUUGAGGGAGAUGGAAUUACUUCUGGUUUUAUCAAGGAAUGGCACUAUAUAAUUGAGGGUAAACCACUUACUUGCAAGGAGAGAACUACCUAUGAAGAUGAAGCAAGGACGAUACACCACAGUACAGUAGAAGGAGUAUUGCUGGAUGAUUACAAGAAGUUCGACGCAACACUUGUUAAUCCGAAGGCUGAUGGACAUGGAAGCAUCGUAACUUGGAUAGUGGAAUAUGAGAAGAUUAAUGAGGAUUCUCCAGUUCCUAUUUCUUAUCUAACUUUCCAUAAAAUCAUCGAAGAUUUGAACACUUACCUCUGCGCUUCUGAUUGA